UGUUGUUGUUGUUCUAUGCGUUGAAAUACUGAUAUGCUAAGGUCCCGUGGAAGAGUUGCAUAGCCCAGAAAAAUUUCUCUGCAAUCAGAGAGGAUGCAGAUCCUUCAAGCCCACGCCUCUUCGGUUUCUUCCUUCAACACUCUCUCGAUUUCUCCGAGGAAAUCGCUCUCGUAUCAGAAGCCCCGUCUGAUUCGCUGUUCUGUCGGCGGAAGCUCUUCUCUAGGAACUGUAGCGGACUGUGAAGUUUCAUCAACGGCCGAGCCUCUUCUACUGAGCGCUGUUAGGGGUGAAGAUGUUGAUAGACCUCCAGUUUGGCUCAUGAGACAAGCUGGGAGGUACAUGAAGAGUUAUCAAACCCUCUGUGAGAAGUACCCUCUCUUCCGGGAGAGGUCGGAGAAUGUCGAUCUCGUGGUGGAAAUUUCUCUGCAGCCAUGGAAGGUGUUUAAACCGGACGGGGUGAUUUUGUUCUCAGACAUUCUCACUCCCUUGUCUGGAAUGAACAUACCUUUCGACAUCGUGAAAGGAAAGGGUCCCAUUAUUUUCAAUCCGCCUGAGACAGCUGCUGAUGUGGAUCAAGUUAGAGAAUUCAUACCAGAAGAAUCUGUUCCAUACGUCGGGGAAGCACUCAGAAUAUUAAGAAACGAGGUGGGGAAUGAAGCUGCGGUGUUGGGUUUCGUAGGCGCUCCUUUUACACUUUCAUCAUACGUCGUAGAAGGCGGUUCGUCCAAGAACUUCACGAAAAUCAAGAGAUUAGCUUUCUCUCAACCAAAGGUUCUACACGCGUUGCUUCAGAAAUUCACAGCCUCGAUGAUAAAGUACAUACGAUACCAAGCAGAUUCCGGGGCUCAAGCAGUUCAGAUCUUCGAUUCAUGGGCCACCGAGCUAAGCCCCGUGGACUUCGAGGAGUUCAGCUUGCCUUACCUGAAAGAGAUCGUGAACUCGGUGAAACAAACUCACCCGAAACUCCCUCUCAUACUUUACGCCAGCGGGUCGGGAGGAUUGCUCGAGAGGCUGGCUCAAACUGGGGUAGACGUGGUGAGCUUGGACUGGACGGUGGAUAUGGCUGAAGGAAGGAACCGGCUCGGAAGAGACAUGGCGGUUCAGGGGAACGUGGACCCGGGUGUGCUUUUCGGGUCGAGAGAGUUCAUCACGAGUCGGAUUCACGACACGGUGAGGAAAGCCGGGAGAGGCAAACACAUUCUGAAUCUCGGACAUGGCAUCAAAGUCGGUACCCCUGAAGACAAUGUUGCUCACUUCUUUGAGGUUGCUAAAGGGCUCAGAUACUAAAAGAUGAACAUGAAUCUUUCGUGUUCUUGAUUUGGGAUUUGAAUCGUUUUUAAGCAUCCUUUUUGUUGUUAUCUA